CUCCUUCAUACCGUCCGGCACGCCCUCCACACCAGCCCCAGCUCGCGGAGGGGCUCCGACAGCUCGGGGGACAGGCGCGAAGCGCGGCCGGAAACCCAAGAACCCGAACGUCAAUGCUACCGCAAAUGUCAAUGCCAGUGCAAGCGCGGAGACCCCCCGCGCCCCAUCCACUCAACCCUCGUCCUCACAAGCUGGUCUGCAAUGGCUAGAUCCACAGCUCAGCGGAAGCUCUUCCUCACAGGCUACCGCCGGCCCCGGUGCGGCGAGAGGCAGCUUGACUCCCGCCCCCGCACAGGACCCACAAGCGGCGCUGCUGACUCAAGGGUUGAGCCUCCCGGGUACGCAAGCAUCUGCCACGACACCCGGAGCGACUGGGGAGAGUGGCACACCAGGACCUUCAGGUACGGGUGCGGCUGCGGCUGCAACCGCGAGUGGUGCAACAGCAGGAGAGGAGGACGUGGAUGGAGAGGACGAGAUGUUGCCCGCGAUGGCGGAUGACGAUUAUUCUGCGCAAUUGUCGUGGCAGAGCCAGUCGAAGGACAAUCUAAAAGUCCUUAUGGACAACUUCAGUCCUCAGCAAUACGACCGCUUCGAGGCUUACCGUAGACAUGCCCUCCCCAAGCAGGCAGUACGAAAGGUCAUUCAAGGAGCGACAGGACAGCAAAUUUCUCAGCCCGUUGCGCAGAUCGUUGCGGGUUUCUCGAAGGUCUUUGUCGGAGAGAUUGUCGAGAAAGCGCGACAAGUUCAAGCCCGACGGGGCGACACAGGACCGCUGUCCCCAGACCACCUGCGCGAGGCGUACCGCAUGUAUCAGGAGGAGACGGGGCGCGUAGGUGCUGCUCGUCCUCUGAGGGGGAAGCGGUUGUUCGUGCGUUGAACUUGUUGAUUGUGUUAUGUGUAUUGUUGUUCGCUUCACUCUCAUGACUGCACUAUGGACUGCUGUAUUAAUAGUAGACUUCUCCUCACGAACUACGAUGAAUGCGAUGACAUUUCACGCCAUAUCUGGGGAUUUCCGAGUGUGCAUCUCCAGGGGCGCUAGAGAUGAAGCCUCGGUGUGGUGUUCUCAGUGCAUAUUCGCCGACAUCUGUCUAAGCUAGAUCGUGUAAGGUGUCAACAGCACUCAAGCGGAUCAUGCGAACAUGUUGAUGAUGUCGGUAAAUGCGAAGGAGUUGGCUCCCUGUAUUCGAAUCAGUCGAUUUC